AUGUUGUUCACGAUCUCUUUACUGUCGGCAUUAUUGCCUUCGGCGAUAGCAGCUGCAACAACAUGCAAGCUGCCAAGAACCGAUGCCCACUUUAGUGUUGGACAUGGGUUUCAGGAUGACUGUAUUUCUGGAACUGGUACGAUUCAGGGUUACAUGAUCUUUGUCGAUUUUUCCGACGCUCAAUCACCGGCUUCUGAAUCCGUCAAAGAGCUCCGCGAUCUUCUUGUACCGGAUGCAGCAAAGUGGUACCAGACAGCUAGCUAUGGCCAGCUUGAACUUAAUAUCACGGCCGAUACUACCAAGUUCUACCGCAUGCCCAAAUCUGCAGCGUCGUAUAGAUGGGAAGAGGGCUUUAGCGCUGAACAGCAUCUGUCUUAUAUCCAAGAUGCUCUCGACGCGUACACGAACAACGGUGCGAGAGCACCACCCGCCGAGACGGACAUUCUCUACAUCGCGACAACACGCAACAACGACAAGAUGACCCGAUCACUCGGAUCCAGCUUCAGUGUUUCUACACGAAACGGGAAACUCUUCUCCAGAAGAGCUGUCACUUUCGGCACCGAUCCCUACAUCGCGUGGGGCUAUAAGGCGGUCAAUCACGAGACAGGACACUCGAUGUGUUUGCCCGACUACUACCCUAAUACGCCGGACCUGCCGACUGGCUACUACACAGGGGGAUGGAGUAUUAUGGGAAAUGUGGGAGGAGUAGCGCCUGAUUUCUUUGCUUGGGAUAAAUGGAGACUUGGAUGGUUGGCCGAUGAGGAUAUUGACUGUGUUCUUGAACGUGGUACAACAAAACAUACGUUGACUCCUGUUGAAGUCGAGGGCGGUGUCAAGGCUGUUGUUAUUGCUAAGAGCGAUACUUCUGCUCUGGUUGUCGAAGCUCGUGUUGCGAAGGGCGUUGAUGGGAAUAUUUGCGCACCGGGAGUUCUUCUGUAUACCGUCGAUACAACGCUAGCCACGUCGGAGGGUUCAAUCAAGGUCUUGGAUGCAACGCCCGGAUCGAACGGCUGCGGGGAUAACAAUGGAGCGGAACCAUUGAACGACGGGACUUUGUCGAUGGAUGGGAAGAGGUCGUUUGAGGCCUCGGGAUGGGGAGUCAAGGUCACGUUGAUCGAUGACAAAAAUGACCAGUUCAAUAUCGAGGUUCAAUACUCUUAG